AUGAGGGUAUAUAUGGCCGCUCUAGACACGAAAAAUGCGUCUUUGAGUGAUUACGAAUCUUGCUGCGUUAGAGAAUAUGAUGCAGAGCGUGAAUUUGUCGUGUUUUUUGUUGAUGCUAUCAUUCACGAUGCCGAGGCAGAAGCCCUGCCAUUCCUCCAGGCAUGCACCAAGGAAGGGCUCAGGAUUUUCCCACCUAGUAUGGGUCUCAUGGGGAAGGUGUGCCCGCAUCACGAUACAAUCUGCGGCGUCAAGGUCCCCGCAAACACCAAGGUCGCUUGUUCGGCGCUGGCGAUUAUGAAUAACCGAAGCAUCUUGGGAGAAAAUGCAGAUGUUUAUGAUCCGCAGUGGUGGAUUGACGCACCGAUGGAAAGGAGGAGGGAGAUGGAUGCAUUUUACGAGCUGGGAAACACGAUCUUCGAGGUAGGCGCCAUCUCCCAAGUUCCGCGACCGCUCGUGUUCCAAUUGUUGAGAAUCUUGCAGCUCUUCCGAUGGUUCGAUUUUGCCCUGGUCGAUCCGGUUGUGCCUUUUCGUGACCGGGGUCUGGGGCCAUUACUUAACGGCCGCCCUCCCUCCGCUUUCCCCUGGGGCCUUACACGUUCAUUUUCCCCCGAAACAAUCGUUCGCUCUUGGGCGCAUUUAUCUUUACCAUGUCCAAGGCUCUUGGACUUGCUAGAGUUUCUUCAUCAAUUAAUACACAAAAUAUCGCGAACAAUCGUGCCCCAUUGCCCCCGCGCCAAUGUCUCUAACACCACCGUUGACAAUGCCAAUGCCAAUGCCAAUGCCGCUCCCGCGCGCGCGCCUUCUAGGUCCGGCGAGCAGGCCACAGAGUCUCCUCAUCUGACCAACGCCAACAUCGCCUGGACCAUGAUGUCGCUCUGUCUGUCUGUGUUCCUCUCUGCCCUCGAUUUAACGAUCGUAACUCCCGCAAUCCCCGCCAUAGUCGGCUCGCUCAAAUCUGCCGCCGGUUAUACUUGGGUGGGGGGCGCCUAUACUCUAGCCUACGCAGCGAUCACUCCGGUGUGGGGGUCCGUCUCCGACAUCUGGGGCCGGAAGCCGAUCAUGCUGAUCGCGGUAGCCGUUUUUUUGGUCGGAAGUCUUGUCUGCGCACUUGCACCGAAAAUGAACGCUUUGAUCGUGGGUCGCGCAAUUCAGGGACUGGGAGGCUCGGGUAUGGGGAUAAUGGUCAAUAUUAUUGUCAGUGAUAUGUUCUCGCUGCGGGAUCGAGGGCUAUAUCUCGCCAUCACCUCACUGGUUUGGGCGGUUGGAAGUGCCAUAGGACCGGUGUUGGGCGUACCGGUCGGGGCCGUCUCCUUUCUCGUCUUACUAUUCUUCUUGAGAGUCCAAAGCCCCCGAACGCCAAUCGCCGCCGGUCUAAGAGUCAUCGACUGGACAGGAAGCGUUCUGAUUGUAGGGGGCGCUCUGAUGGUCCUCCUGGCCCUCGAGUUUGGCGACGUCGUCUACUCCUGGUCUUCCGCAACAGUGAUCUGUCUAUUGAUUUUCGGAGCAGCAGCGAUGGCGCUGUUUGUGGUCAACGAGUGGAAGAUUGCCAAGAAUCCUAUUAUCCCUCUUUGGCUAUUUACCUCGCCGACCAAGAUAGUGCCGUACGUUGUCUUCGCGUGCAACUCAUACGUCUUCAUCGGGCAGGCGUAUUACAUACCCCUGUACGCGCAGUCUGUCCUGGCCGCGUCAGCCUUGAUGUCAGGACUGUACCUCCUUCCGCUAAUCGUCUCAUAUGCCCUGGCCGCAGCCGCAGCGGGGAUGUUCAUGCAGCGAACUGGAAAAUAUCUACCUGUGAUGUAUAUUGCGCAGGGCCUUUUGGUCCUUGGCUCGGGACUGCUAAUCAGUCUCAAAUUUGAAUCCGACAUAACCAAAAUAAUCAUCUUCCAGAUUCUGGUCGGGAUCGGCGUGGGCAUGAACAUCGAAGCCCCUAUCCUGGCGGCUCAAGCUGCUACAAGUGUUCGCCAUACGGCUGCCGUGACUGCGACAAUGGGGUUUGCCCGGUCGCUUUCCACCGCUAUCUCAGUUGUCGUCGGUGGCGUGGUAUUUCAGAAUGAGAUGAAUGCGAAGAACGGGGAGUUGGCAAAUCGGCUCGGUUCGAGUUCAUUUCUAGCCAGCAUAUUCAAUGGCGAUAAUGCUGCUUCGAGUGUGGAGGAGAUUAGCACCAUUGGACUAAAUGCAGAUCAACAAUUAUUGGUUAGGAAGACGUACUUUGAGGCGUUGAGGACGGUGUGGGUCAUGUAUGUUGCCUUUGCUGGAUUAGCCACCAUUCUUAAUCUGUUUGUGCGGGCCCGUAAGCUCCGGAGUGAAAAUGAGGGCGUCGUGCUGGGCAUUGACCGGUCAAGGCAAGAAGGCAGCCCUACUAAUGGGGUCGCGAAAAUGGAGUUGUAG